AUGAGGACCUCAUUACGCUUGAUCGUAGCUCUUGUGUUGCUUCACGUAUGCGUUUCGUUUGCAUACAGCAUCCCAGAUUCAAGAGAGCGAAUCAAGCGACAAUAUGGUGGCUACUACGGUGGUGGCUACUACCCUGGCUAUUAUGGUGGCGGUGGCUAUGGUUAUGGUAGAUACUUACCCACCUAUUACAACUACGGUGGUGGCUACAAUAACAACUAUGGCGGUACGAAUAUUGGAAGUAUCAACACCAAGAACAUCGAUUUAGCUGGAUAA